AUGGACGAGCCCGCACGCAAGCGCCGAAGAACCGAUUCACCAGAGGAGCACGGUAGGCAAUCAAGCCCUCUGAAAAAGCCCCCGCAACGGCCAUCAUUCGCAUCGCCUACGAAAGCUAGCCUUGCGCGCAAUUAUCCCGACUUGUUGCGUGCUGCAUCUGCUGCAUCGCCAGGACCGCGAGCAAACGGCCGUAGCAGUUAUGUACAGGCGCGAGAUCAGCAGGCGCGUCAACCGAUUCUCGAGGAGACGGAAGAUAGGAACGCAAUUUUUCGCGCAAGAAGGACGCUGAAAAGGAGUCCAGUCCCUAGGAUUGCACAAGACGAAGACGGUUCCGAGUUGCCUGCGACAUCAUCAGUAGCAGAUACUGAGGAGCAAGACGAUUCUCGUCAAGGUUUACCAUAUUCUUCACCCAGCAGAAGGCCACACCGCGUCAGAGAGCCAGUUACGCAGUCGCCUCUCAAAAAUAAAGCUCCUUUAGUCAAGGAAAAUAGCCUUACACGAGCAGUUGCAGACAAUCCAGCGGGUAAAGACCGUGCCCCAGAUCCGACACAAACAAGAGACUCUCCUGAUCCAGAGUUAGAGAAGAAAAAACAAGAAAGGGCACGGCUGCAACGCGAGAUUGAGCACUUGAAUUCACAAGUGUCUAGAUGCGCGCAAGAGAUCGUCAAAGAGCAGCAGCGAGCGCCGCAGGAAUCCAUGCCUGCCUCAGAACGGAACAAUUUAGUAAACUUCAUCACCGAAAUUAGUGGUAUUGAUGCUGAACAGAACCAACCAACCCCUGUGUCAAGUUUGUUGUGCUCUUUUCUACCCUUCUCCGCACUAUCGGUCCCUCGACCACGCGUGAAGGAGCCCGAAAACCCUAUUCCCUCACAUCGACCUGUGGAAGUGGCCGAUCCCAUGCCCUACCUACAAAUGUUCACCUCCAUGCAAUUCUCCACAGAGAUAAGCCUUCCACGCGGCAAGGUCUCUCUGUCCUCCAAUCGAGUGCAUCAGAAGCACACAAUCGACAUCGUUGGGCCACAGAGGCUUUUGACAGCGCAAGUAUCUAUUCUUCUCGAUGCACUAGCGAACGCAAUAAUCGACCUACGCAUCCUACGUCUCUCGUCAUGGGCCGAACGCGAGUUGGGCACACACAUCCGGGAAAAAGCAGAGGACCAGGACCUUGGAACCAUAUGCUGGGCUAUAGAAUCGUACUGGGAGUUGGCGAAGAAACGUGCCCAGUACUGGCAGAGGUGCGAGACAGCUUUCGCCCACCUUAUCGCCGGACAUGCGAGCGAGGACUCAGAGAACAUUGCUCGACCAACAAGGCCGAAGCAGGUAAUGCCGCGGAAAGAUCUUAGCCGCCACUUAGGUCGCGAUAUCUUGGUCCUGCAGGACGAGCACGUUUUGCUAAAGCUUAAGUGGCGGAUCGGCUUUGAUUGGACUGGUGAGGCCGAGUCGGAGGUUAUGGUUGAAUCUGCCUUUCCUCGAGUUUGGUCUGAGGCAGAUAUAGGUGAUAGUCUCAAGAAAGUGCCAGAGACCUUUGCCUCGCUGCUCCGAACUAAAGGCGCAUUUGAAGCGACCAGAAUCAUGGCAGCGCUCUUAUUUGCUAAAUGA